AUGAUCUUAGGCGAUGAACCGCGAGAUGUAAACUUGAGGGAAACGUCUUCCAUUUUGAGACACAUUGAGUUGAUGCAGGACCCUGAAGGGGCAACUUUUCCUGCAGACAAUGUUCACAACCCGCAAUACAGGACCGUAGUGGCUAAUAGACAUUCUUCAAUGUUUCAUGCAUAUCGUUUGAAUCCACUUAUGUCUGAAGCAGCGGUUGAGUGCAUCGGAACAUUUCUCUUCGCACUGACGGUUCCGCUCUGUUUGAAGUAUAACCCUGAGAUGGCGUGCAUUGGUAUCGGUUUCUUCUUCGCAUCGUUAGUUUUCAGCUUUGCUUACAUCAGUGGGGGGCAUUUUAAUCCCAUAGUCGCAACCUCAAUGUGGUUGUCGAUGCCUCCAGGGGAGAGGCAUAACGCUUUUGGAGGGUCCAGGCUCGUACUUUACGUCCUAGCGCAAAUGGUAGGUGGCUCACUGGGUACCCUAUGCUACGUGGUGCUCGAGGGUGCCGACUCUACCCUGCCGAACAUAGAGGAGGGUUUACCUCAGUUAAUGCGGGGCUUUCUGGCGGAGUGCAUCUUUAUGUUUCUGCUGUGCUCCGCCGUGCUACACACGGCAGACAGGAAGUUGUUAUCACGGGCCCACUUUCAUGGGCUUGCGGUUGGCUUCACGUUGGUGUGCAGCGGACUCACCUGUGGGCCGAUACCACGCGGGGCCCUCAACCCUACCGUGGGAACCCCUUUGUUUGUUCUGCAUCUGAUACUCGGUGAGGGCUCCGUGCUGAAAGGGGGGGCGGGGGUAUUUCUGGACUGGGUUGCGGGCGUGGUUGGGGCUGCCGCGGCGUCCUUCCUGUAUUUGACCACCCAAAACGCGGAGGAGGAGGACUGA